CGCAGAAAUGGGCGGGGUGUGGUACUUACCCGUGCGGAUUCACAAGGGGUCCUACCACCAGUAAGGCUUGGGGGAAAACAUUUUGACUAAAGAAGCGAUAUUGGAAACAAAAUGCCACGUAUUCAAAACUAUAUAAAUGGAGAGAGAGAUUUUUUUCUUUCUAUCGUCUUUCAUUGGUUAGUCCAAGAAAGAAGUUAACUUAAAUUAAAUUACGAAAUUCCACCAGAGUAAGUCAAUACGAGAGAGACAAAGAUUCCCUUUUUUCAUCAGCAUUUCACUUUAACACGCUAUCUACGGCAGUUUGAACAUAAUGCGUAUUUCCCGAUAUAUCUGCUGAUAAUCUUAUAUUAAAAUCAAAUCAACUAAGUAUUUUAAAAUGUAACAUCGCAACCUAGCAAAUUAUUUUUACUUUAAUUUUGUAGAUCUCAUCAUGAUUGUCUGAAUGAGAUUGCUGGUAGCGAUAAUGCAUUACAUUUGAAUGUAAUUGUACCUAAUACGGAGUUUUUAUUUUAUUUUGUUUUCAUGUACAUCAAGCUUGAUCUUAUUCUUAAAAUUUUAGAGUAACGGAUUUAAGUAAUAAGAAUUUCGCUCUUACGACUUCUUAAAAUUUAAAAAUACACUAAUUAUAUUACAGACAAUUAAAUAUUAAAUAAAUUAAACAUUAAAUAGCGAACGAUUCAGACCUAUGUAUGACCUAUAGUCAUUUUAGCAAAAAGUAGAAUUAAGACAUUUGACUCUUGUAUUGGAAAAAGCCCCGGGCUUGGUAAAAUAAUAAUUCAAAACGUGAAAUUUAAAAUCCUUAUUUAAAAUUACGAGCAUCAGCUACAUCAAAUGAUUGCUUUAAUUAAACAUCGGAAACUAUAAGCGUUUGCAAUUCAGAUGCCCCUGAAGCAAACCACAAAGCAAUGUUACUGCCUUAUUUCUAUGAUCUGAGCUUGGUGCUCAACAAAGCCGUACAAGAUUAAUUUAAUAUGCAAUUUCGAAAAGGGCACAUCUCUGAAAAUGUAAAAUGUUCAGGAAAUGAAAAAAAAACUGAUUAUUUUCUAAAGCAGUGUAAAAUUUAAAAUAUUAACUUUUGAGAUAUAUUUUAGUGUUAAUUAGCAAUUGAUAAUUACUGGAAUUAUUAUAAAAUGGGUGUAGGUAAGCCUCAAAACUACAUGUAUAUGAAAAAACUUAUUUGACAAAAUAUGCGACAUGUGCCCUUUUCGAAAUGGCAUAUUCAAUUAAAUUAUUAAUAAUUGGAUUAAAACAAGACGGCCAUUAAUACCCGAACAUGGUGAGGUUAAAAAAUCUGGUAUUUUUCUUGUGAAUCGCCUUAUGACAACAAUGACUACUGUUUUACCAUUCAACAUCAAAUUGCUCUGCUUAAAUGACACGGUUAAGUACCGUUGUACUACCGCGAAGCAGUUCAUUUUAAAGGGGCGUACCGACGUAAUAUAAUACAACCGAAGCUUCGGCUUCAUGUCUUAAGAUGCGUGAAGCUCGCUUAGUGAGUCUAUAGUACCAGAGCCGGUAUCCAUUUAACAUAAGCUACGUUUAAUUCUAAAUAUAUUUUAACUCAAAUUCCUACAAUUACUUCCUCAAGAUACUUCCGUUCGGUAAGUUCUUACAAAGCUUUACUAUUCCUUUUCUUAAAAUCUUGAGCAUGGGUAGGGUGGACAGGCCCGUCCUUAACCCAUAGACAUAGCCCGCUGAGUUUCUCACCGGAUCUCCUCAGUGGGUCGCGUUUCCGAUCCGGUGGUAAUUUCUGUGGAGCUCUGCUCUUGCUAGGGCCAGUGUUAGCAACACUUCUGGUUUGAGCCCCGUGAGCUCACCAACACGUUAAGGAGAAGCUAAAAUACCCUCUCAAGGCUAUCAAAAUAAGGAGAAAAAAAAACUGUCCUGUCCAUCGUCCUGAUUAUAGUGCUGCGAAAUUCCGUGCUAAAAAAACCGUUGAACUAUUAACCAUAUGCAUUGUUUUUCGUCAAUUUUACUUAAAUUAAAAAAGUUUAAAUUUGUUUCUAUACGUAACCAUAUAUACCGUUAAAAAUAAUCUAAAGUUGAAGUUGCAUUGAAAUAAUAAGUGCUCAGUAGCACACAUAAUUAAAACUGACGUGCUUUUUUCAUAACCCAAAAAGAAAUAUACGAAUAUAAGAUAAAUAAUGAACGGUUUUUGACGGACCAAUUAAUACUUGCAAUCAAUUUGUAUGAGUGAAAAAUACAAAUUAAGGAUGUCCAUUAAAGAAAUUCGUUUUUGAUUUCUGAUAUUUAUCUCCUUCCUGUUUCGAUUACUUUAGCCGAGUUACCUUGCCUUGACAAGAUUUUAAUGGUAUUAUUAUGCUCUUACCUUCACCUUACCAAAUUUAUAUUUAUCGCUUCUUUCAUAAUACAAAUGUCAUUGGCCUUAAGGGUAUUAUGAUAAUUAUUUAAAGUUUUAACGUAUCUAGUUUGAUUAUAAAUUAAUUCGAACGAGAAGUUCACUAUAACAAAAAAGGGUACGCAUCUUGUUUCUUUAUGUGUCACAAAUUAUUGUAAUUUAAACAUAAGCCUUAAUGGUUUAUAGAGCAUAAACUACUAUAACGCUUUCAGUGUUGCUCACUAUGAAACGUGAACUUAUGAAUUGUGAAGGGUUAACUUUGUCACAAAACCGGUGACUAUUCGAAUCAAAUUGACUCAUUAUCCGGACGACCACGAGACAAUUGAGACAUCAUAGUUCGCACCGGGAAAGAAAAUAUAAGGGGUUUUUAUUAUUUAAAUGCAAUUUUCAGUCACUGACUUCAUCAAAAAUGUACAACAAAAUCAAUAAAUAUCCUGGUACUUUAUUAUUGUAUAUCGCUUCAGACCGCCGUGGCUACGAUGCUCGUCAGCGAAGAGUUCUGGCAGGCGAUGCUCGACUUCUGUGAGUUCAGCAUUGCGCAGAAGGAGGCGACGGAACGGGAGAGGGAGAGCUCUUCUUCCCUCUCGGCGCCGUACCACCGCCGCCGAGCAGGGGGUUGGAGGAAGGAGUUCGUCCAGCUCCGGCCCCUGUCGAAGCAGUCUUCUCCCGGAGAUGGAAAUUAUUCAGUAACUCGUGAAGUUGAAGAAUCUAAUACGAUGCGGAUAUUAGUGAUCACUAAACUUCAACAGUUCAAUAAAUCUGCCAUAUAAAAUAAAAUCGAAGCAUAUUUGGAGAUGGAAAACGAAUGAGUGAAUGUAAACAAAGAGAGACAGACAAAUGGCGAAAAAAAAAUUGGUGGAAAAUAAAGAGAGAUAGGCAAAUUACGAAAUAAAAUUUGGUGUCUUUAGACUCCUUAUAAAUAUAUUAUUAAAAAUAAAUAUAUAAUAUAAUAAAACACAGAAACAAAUAACAAUCUACAUUAUCAUCAUCAUAAUCAUCAUCUCAGCCUGUCCAUUGUCCAUUGCUGAACAUAGGCGUCUCCAACUGAUGUCCAGUACAUAAAAAUUACAAACGUUUCCAGCUUUGCAAUGAACAAAAAAUAUUAGAACAACAUUGUACUUGAGUCAACUACUAAUUUGUGAAAGAAUAGCCAAUACACAACAUGAUUAGCCGCUUGACCUACACAUAAAUUUGACGUCAAAAAAAACAAAGUGGAGGACAAUGGUCGAUCAUUUUUAAUAAGGAGAAACGUAAAUUAAUGUAAUAAGUAAUGCUGAGCACGUGUUAUCGAGAUUGCAAAGGACUACACGGACAUUGACUUUAGUUAGGUAUCUAAGAUUAUCUUUUGCUCAACAAUUAUCAGUAUAUUUUUGAUAAUUAUUUACUCGAUAAUAAAAUAGUCCACGAAGUCGUCGUGGCCUGAAGGAUAAGACGUUCGGUGCAUUCGUAUCUUGCGAUGCAUCGGUGUUCGAAUCGGCGGGCGAAUGUGUCGGGUACCAAUUUUUUUAAUGAAACACGUGCCUAACAAAUGUUCACGAUUAACUUGCACGGUGAAGGAAUAAAAUCGUGUAUUAAAAAUCAAACCCGUAAAAUUAUAAUAUGUGUAAUUACUGGUGGUAGGACCUCUUUUGGGGCCGCACGAGUAGGUAUCACCACCCUGCUUAUUUCUGUCGUAAAGCAUUCGGUUUGAAGGCUGGGGUAGCCGUUAUAACUGUAGUAAGACCUUAGAACUCACAUCUGAAGGUGGGUGGCGGCAUUUACGCCUAUGGGCUCCGGUAACCUCUUAACACCAGGUGGGCCGUGAGCUCGCCCAGUCAUAUAAGAAAUAAAAAAAAAAUUGUAAUCACUCGUCUUUACAACAGAAUUGAGAUUUCAACCUCUAAGCAGCCAGUGUUUCACGUUUAUCUAAUAAAUUGUUUAUAAUAUAUACUAAAAUUUAAUAUAUACUAUAAUUUAAUAUUUAUUAUACAUUGAUCUAUAUGAUAUAUGAAAAGAAAGCGAACUUCCUUUAACGUUAACUUUUUCCGCGAUUGCGCCUUUUUUAAAGCAAUUCAAAUUAGCGUAGAAUGUCAAUAACAGCGGCGACAGGGAUGAAGAAAUAUGAAGUUUUUUAAUUCAUGUUUUUGUAGCAGACUUGAAAUCUUGUCUCUUUGUUUUUUCAGAGCCUCAUAUUGAAGUCUUAUUUAAAUCAAUAUUAUAUCAAUAAGUACCAUUAGAAGCAUUGUAGUAUAUUUAUAAUAUAAUAAACAAUUGAUAAAUAUAUUGACACCGGAUAAAGACGGGAGAAUUAAAUGAAAAGUAGCCUCGCUAAUUGUCCUACGAUCACAACGAUUCGAUGCUUAACAAUUGACGAUUAAAAUGACUGUCAAAAAAAGUCGUAAUGUUCGUAGUCAUCACCCAACACGGCAUCUACCUUGACCAUAUAUAAGCAGUAUUAUUAUUAUGGCCCAUCCGUAUUACCUACCACGCUUGAACAUACAGGUGCCAUAUUCUUAAAUCAGUUUACUUGUACCGGCGGAGAUUCUUGCACGUACUCCGUGCACACGAAAAGGCGCGAAUUUCAAAAUGUUAAAUCUGGAAACAGUAUUUUCCAAUCCGAUACUAAAACAAAGUAAUAAUUUGUUGAAAGUGCGAAUAUGUUUUUAUAGUAUAUCUUACGUGCAUUUAGUGGUCGUCGCCAGUUUAUUGUUAACAAUAGACUUUAGUAAAUCGGAAGAUCCAAAUAUUAGAUUGUAUCAGCAAACGAGAUGGAAAUUAAUUACGGCCUGGUUCAAUCUUUUCACCAUGGUAUAUUUCCCGACGUGCAUUUACUGUGAUUGGCGAGAUCUAAGAGGCGAAGCACACUGGAGGCACGUCAAGAUCCUGAAUCAAUUUCGAGACUUGUGUUUCACUAGUAUACUAUUACCUACUACUGCCUUCGGAGACAUACUAUUCUGGCGAGUCUGGAAUAAAGACCGCGAGCUAAUAGCACCUCUGAAGAUUCACGAGAUUGUACCGUUUUGGACACAGCACUGCAUGCACACGGUAUCGCUGAUCAUCAUGCUCGUCGACCUGGCACUUGUACGAAGAGAACGACCGAAGAAUAUGGUACCAGGCUUAGCUUUACUCUCAACAUUCCUUAUAGCCUACACCGUUGUGUGCAUAAACAGCUAUAUGAAUGAAGAAUACAUAUACCCCGGACUGAAACAGUUCACAGGAUUUAAAAUACCAGCUUUGAUAGCGUAUUUUUUCAUUGAAAAUCUGUUCUACUAUUUUAGUCAAUGGCUAAUAAUAGAUAUGGUAUGGGGAAACGGCAACAAAAAAAUGUUGAAAGUGGCACCUGUGACAGAGAAGCUGAGGAGUGCGCGUUUGGGAUGGUAUGGACAUGUGAUGAGACGAAAUGAAAAUGAGGUUGGUAAGAGAGUGUUAACUAUGAAUGUGGAUGGAUAUAGAGGAAGAGGUAGACCUAAGAAGAAAUGGAUGGAUUGCGUGAAAAACGAUAUGGGUAAGAGGGGAGUGAGCGAAGAAAUGGUAUAUGAUAGAAGAGUAUGGAAGGAGAAAACAUAUUGCACCGACCCCAGGUGACUGGGAGAAGGGCAGGAUAAUGAUGAUGAAUGAUGGUAACUUUACAGUUUUUAUAAGACACAUUGUUCUAAGAAACCAGCGAGGCUUAAAUUGCAAAUGAAUCAAUACAAAUAGAAUUGAAAAUUAAAAUUUAUAAAAAACAUUAAACCAAAGGAAAACAUCGACCCUUUAUGCGAUGAAGGUAUUGUACUCGGGAUGUAUGGUACAAUCACGGUUAAUAAGCGCUCAUAAUUUUGGGUUUUGGAAAGGAAACAUUUACAGGAACAGGAACAGUACAUUUGGGAGCAACUAAAAUGUUUUCUUGUUAAUCCUUUUUCUACACCCAUUCUUACAUUGUAAACCUUUUAUAAAAUUACGAGUCUGGUCCAUCAGAAAGAUUGUUUAAAAUUAAUCACAUUUUCUCCAUCAUGGAAGAAAUUGAUCUAGUAAAUUCUGACAAAAUAUACCUAUUUCUAAAUUCAAUAUUAAUUUGAAGGACAUAUAGCCUUAAAAUAAAACAAAAAAAACUUAUAAUUUUCGAUAAAAUUAUUUUCAAGUUUUUGGUUUAUUUUAAUUGUUUCAGUACUAGCCACUCCAUAGACAAAAGUUUAGCGGAGGUGAAAUACUUCUAAGACUUAAAUAGCUAGGUGUUGAUUUAAAUAUAAUGAUCUGUAAGACAUUUAAAGAUUUAUAUGAAUAUAUUAGAUGUGUUGAAACAGUUACAAUACAAUUCGAGCUAUUUAAUUGUAACAAUUAUCGAGUACAAUGGCUGUGACUUAUGACAGUACCUUUUCCUUUUAUUUAUUUAUUUAUUAUUAGUCUUCUUACACAAAAUAACCAAAACAUUUUAGUACCUGGUACUCUAAAAUAGCUACUAUUUAGACAUAGUAGAUGUUAAUUUUAGAUUUGUACAAAUAAGACUUUCAAGUUUCAACGCAUGCUUGUUUAAAUAAUUUAAUAGUGGUCAAAACGUAGUAAUGUUAUAAUAUGGAAGUGAGUGGAUUCAUUAUAUUGAGUUCGAAGGGUAUUGGCUCGGAUAUGUUAGUAUAAAACUGUCUUAAAUAUAAAUGUAUGUAAAUAGAUUUUCCGUGAAUAACCAGAUUGAAAAUCUUCUCACAAUAUAAAAUCGGUUUUAUGGUGGCAAGAAAACGAUUAUUUACUUUAUUUUUUAAGAUUUUCACUAAGUUUCCUUUAUAUUUGACUACAGACUAAAGCCUCUUUUAAGUCAUAAGAAUUUCACAAAAAUUUCGAACCGGCUUCUUAUCAGCAAUUUUAAAAAUUUUGAAAAUUGCAAGUUUGCUAGAACGCGGUUCUUAAUUAUCUAUUAAUUUAUUUAUGUUGUAAUUAUAUUUAAAUAUGUUAGUGUUUACAAUAAGACUCCAGUGAUUUGUGAUUUUAGUUUUAAUGAAAUUUUAAUCCAGAAUAAAAUUUACAUAACUAUGAAUUUUUACAAUUUUAA